AUGGAUUGCCAGUCUUGGCCAGUCAACGACAUCUUUCUGUCAAAGUUCAACUAUCUCUUCCUGCAGGAUCACGAUGCUCUAGAGCUCAACGGCGCCAAUCUGGGCGAUCUGACCAACGAUAUCCAUCCCCUCUUUAGUCGGGAGAAUUUUCUUGUCUUCGACGAGAAAUAUCAGGUCCUCAUGCCGACUUUGCGUCUGGCCUCGAGGAUCCUGACGGAUAUGAGCUCCAUCACCUUCUUCCAUGCCUUGAUCUACGGCCGCAAUGAUAUUUUAGGAGGCGGGAUGACUGAGACGUACGGGCGCCCAUGCUUUACUUUUAAUCGGCAGGAGACUCCGCUAACGCCUCUGCAGUUCAAAGAUACAUUUGACACCUUGGAGAAUCUGGCAAGCUUUGUCAAGUUCAGGACCAAUCCCCUGUUGACAACCAUGAACUCUUGGGGCUGCACAAGCGGCAACGCGGACAUCGUGCAUCCCAUGGGCGGCCUGGGCUCGUAUAUUGAUAUUAACCCUAUCUUUCUCUAUCAUCUUGGCUCCGGCAGACUAUCUGUUUCGGAGCGCCUACGUAUUCAGCUCAUCUUGGCAAUUACCCUCUGUCACGAGUGUACACAUGCCAUUGGGUUUGCGGCUUAUCCCCGUGACCCUGACGAGAUUGGUGCUGCAAUCGUCGAACCCUUCUUUGAGAAUCAUCGUUUGGCAGAGUUGGGCUCCGCCUUUGAGGACUUUGUCUUCGGCGGCAUUAUUGACCCCAUGGCAGAACAGACAGAUUGCUGCUACGGGCUGAUCAUCGAAGGUUGGCCUGGCAAUAGAGUUCCCGUGACCAGAGAGGGCGCUGUCCCCGUCCCGGUGCGCACUGAUAUCCCCGUUCCUGCGUUCAGUACAAGGUAUCUGAUCCCCAUGACUUGGGUUCAGGCCGUACACUCAACGGCGUUCUGGGACGAUGUUGCUCGAUUGAAAGAGACUUCGCUCAAGGCGCCGACAACCACAGGGUACAGAUUCGUCAAUUCCGACUCUGGUCAUAUCUAUGAGGAGGGCUAUGUCCUCGAGUGA